AAGCUUCGGACUUAUUAAGAAGACGGACCGGAAUAGCCAACUUCAAGGCCCGGCUAACCAAAACUAGCUUCGGCCUGUUUGUGGUCUUAAUGGUGUCCCGAAAACAGACUCGGGUGUGGAAGUACGUGGAGGAGGGAAGUUUACUGAAGCUGAAGUCGUAUCUGCGGAAGCACCGGGACCUGGACGUGAACUUCUCGAAGGGAAAGAGGCGGAGGAGCCCGCUGCAGCUGGCCUGCUGCCUGGGAGACGACGCCGUGCUGCGGUUGCUGCUCAAACACGGAGCCGAUGUUCUCCAGAGGGACCGGAGAGGAGACACAGCGCUGCACACCGCAGUUAACAGGGCUCUAAAACACGGGAAAACAGCGUAUGAUGACCUGGUCGUGCCUCUGAAAAAACACUGCCCAGAAGCUUUGAAUGCUGCAAACACAGCUGGAGUCACACCUCAGGACUUGCUGAAGUGGAGGAAACACUCAGAGACUGCAGACAGCAUGAGCCAUGCAGCUAAAAGAGACCCUGAGGAGGAGUGGAUGGAGAAACUGUUUGGUGAAUGCGAGGACGAAUUCUGUGAAACAUUUGGAGUAUAUGAUGAUGAUGAUUUUCUUCCUGUCGAUGACGACGAGGAAGACUUUGGGGACUGGGCCGACCGCAUCAGGAGGGAAUACUUCGAUAAAAAACACGCGGAAGCUCAAAGACUGGCAGCGUCGUCUUCUGGAUGGAAGAAGAGGAAACAGGAGAGAGAACAAGAGGAGCAGAGCAGGAAGGAGCUUCACCAGAGGCUGCAGAGGGAACAUGAAGAGUAUCUGGCUCGAGCCGCUCGCAAAGAAGAAGAGACCCGACGGGGAAAGAAGCGGCAGUAUGACGAGAGAUGCGCCGCUACGUUUCACGCCGCUUCCUCUUCAGGCGCCUCAAAGCUGAGCUACAGCGACAUCCCAUGGCCGGCUCCGAGAGGGACGGUCCAGGAGAUGGUGGACGUGAUGCUGCACGGCGUGGACCGGAAGGACGUGCAGGCGUUUCGUAAAGUCGUCCUGAAGCAACAGGCGCUGUGGCAUCCAGACAAAUUUGCUCAGAGGUGUGGAAGUCGACUGGAGGAGAAAGACAAGCAGCGGAUUCUAGAUACAGUCACAGCUCUGUCACAGGAGCUCAACAGAUUAGUUCAGAGUCUGAGGACUUAGAAAUCAACAUGUGUAUUCUAAAUGUGCUCCUCCAGUAAUGCAGAAAAUAUCCAGCAACAUUUUAAUCAUCAGACCACCUUCAUUUGUUGAGAUCAUGCAGACAAGCAGCACUGGUUUCACUCUGGCCUCUUUAUCAGGUACGCCUGUGAAAUCCAAGACAACCCAGUACAGGUAAGGUAGGGUAAAACUUUAUUAGUCCCAAAGGAAAUUCCUUUGACAGCUUUUGCUCAGAAAAGAACUAAAAGAAAUGCAGUACCUAGAAGAAAAGCAGUAAGAUGGGAGAGUAGCCAAGGCCUACCCGGCAGCCUACUGGAGAUAACACAUCCCAAGACAUGUAACUCAUGCGUAUGUGUCUGUAUCAAAGCUACGCUCUUUCCCAGCUUUAUCAGUCAUUUAUUCAGGCUGUGUUUUGUUCAUAUUGAUUCUUUGCGGUUUCACUUGCAGUGAGGAAUUAAUAUGAGCAGAGCACAGUCUGAACAGGUGACUAACGAAGGAGGGAAGCAGCGUAGCUUCUAUUACAGACACAUAGACACGAGUUACACAUCUUGGUAUGCGUUAUCUCUAGUUUGCUGCCGAUUAGGCCUUGGCUCUUCUUACAGCGCUUUAUGAGUUCUACACUGCACAGUUCUACAGCAUUACAGUGAGAGCAUUUAAUCAUAAAAUACAAUAAUUUUCAUAGCAAUUACUGAAAAUGGUCAAAGUAAAAAGUAAUGCUGGCAGUGAUACUGAGGAACAAUUCUGCUAUAAAAUUUGCUUUCAAAAAGCUUUUAAAUUUCUAGUUUUUGUGGAUGUUGUCAAAGAGGGGAGAAUUCUGCUGUGUGUUUAUUAUUUAGUCAUACUAAGUGAUGUGAUAAGCUGGAGUGCAUUUUGAAGUUCUGCCAGUCUCUGAACAAUAUUAAGAAUGCUUUUAACCCUCUGAGACACUACAUGGAUCAAGAGAUACCCACAUCAAAAGGUUAAAUGUAAGGCAGUCCAGCCGACAAAAGGUGAAAAUAUAGAAGUUUUGUAAAAGUUUUAAUGACUUAUGGCAGAACUGUUCUAUAGGAUUGCAUUUGAUUUCACAUGUGGAGCUGGUGAGUGGAUGUAAAAGUGAAAAUAACCUAAAAGUAAUAACGGAGGAUGCAAGCGGCCCCUUUUACUCUGCAUUCAGAUUAUGGUGAAUGAGCUCUAAUCUGAUCUGAGGAUCCAGUCGUUCAUUUUGUCCCACAGCGUCACACUACAAAAAGUCCUCUAGAGGUCACUUCUGUCCGGAACACUUCAGAGCUCUAGAAUUGUUUCCUUAAUGCACAAACCAAGAGUUUUUUUCCUCAGGCGUCUGCUACACUUCCAGCGUCUCAGGUUUUCCUUCAUUUGCAGCAGCUACAGUCUGAUUAGUUGAAGGGAGGAGACGUUGCUCAAGGGCACCUUAGUGAUGGUGAUGCUCGGAUCUGUCAGUCCGAUGAUCGAUGCUGUGACCUUUAGCGCCACGUCUCUUAUCUCUAAAAUCGAUCCCGGAGUGUUCCUGGUGUGUGUAUGUGUUAAAAUGCAAAUUGCUUCCAACGAAAGCAUGUCAGUGUGAUGGAUUUCCAAUAUUUAAUCUGGUUGAAAUGUUCCUAAAAUGUCAGUGUGGACCGGCAGGAUUAAAACGCUCCUGAUUGGAAAAUGAUUACAAACAUCUUUUAUUUGUUGAUUUCGUUUAUUUAGAAAUAAUAAAUUAACACAUCCUCAUUUCUAGAA